AUGGAGAUGCAGAGGAAUUAUAGUGUGUUAAAGGCUGUGGCUGAUCGGGUUCUGGCCAUGCCACAGACACCAGAUGUGGGCUCAAGCAAUCAGGUAGGACCAUCGAGGUCUGUGGAGGUAGCCGUGGCUUUUGCCUCGGAGGGGUUGAAAGUACAGGUUGGUGUCCCUUUGCUGAGGAAGAAUACAUUGACAGAGGGAAAAUUGGUGGAGAUUCGGUCAGAUUAUAGUGUCCCACCUUCGGUGGGUUUGAGGCUACCGACUGCGGCGGAUGUGGUGAGAUAUCCUCCAAAGAGGUUUGAGUGGUAUCUAAACUUUGUUGCAAGUUCGAUGAACUGGGGGCCUAUCUCAAAGGAGAAGAAAGAUGAAGUUGGGAAGGUAAGAUCGCUGCUAUCGGAGACUGAUCAAAAGUACCAAAACUUAGUCACACCGAAGAAUCUUCUAGAGUCGGGACUCUUGCAAGGGAUGGCAGGUGUUGUAAAAAGAGCGACGAAGGUAGUCGUGCACAUUGACGAAGCAGAGAAGCAAAAGCGGUUGAAGGAGAAGAGAGAAAAGGACAAGGCAUCUCGGGCGAAAAUAGCAAAGAAGGAAGGCGGCAGGCAGGCUACGGGAAAGCGUCCUCGAGAUGAUGAUGAGGGGCUUAUCUCCAAAGCCUUGGCUGGGAAGAGGAAGUCUUUGGAAAAAGCCCAUCAUAGUGUGAUAGGGACGGAGCCGAGGCUUCAGCCCUUUGAUCUUCGGGCACCGCUAAAGCUUCCCUUUGGUAUGGAGGAGGUCUUUAUUGAGGGGAUGGAGGCGGUUGACUUCGGUGGACUACGUCAGCAAAAGAAGGAGGUGAGCCUGGCGAUGCACCGGCAGAAGGUGCCCUUAGUCAACGUCUUCCUGGAAGGCGUUAAGAGUGACCCCGAGGCGUUGGCAAGGACGCAGACCUCCUCCUUUGUAGAGUGGGAGCAGAAGACGAUCCUCACGUCUGCCUUUGGCAAGAUGUAUGUCAAUCUGGCUAAGGCAGAUAAGUAG